AUGCACCACUCGCAGGAGGCGACCGACACCGCGCUCGACUGGUGCAUCGAGCUCAUCUCGCAGAGUAACGUGCUCGAGGUGGGCGCCAAGUACGCCAUCCUCGACGCGCUCAAGGACAAGAUCUCGAGCGGCGAAUUCUCGCCCACCACCAGGAUUCGCAUGUACGUCGAGUCCAUCUCGCGGCUCACCGCGUCCGAGGAGAGCGGCCCGUUCAUGCGCCUCAGACCCGAGAACGUCAACGAGGUGUUCCAGUCCCUCGUCAAGAUGGGCGACGUCGCGCACGCAUUAGGGGACGAUUCGAUCCCCAUGCCCACGAUCACGCUCACGGCGCAGACGUACGCCGAAACGAUGCUCACGCACCUCCGCCCGCCCUACCGCGACGUGGAGAAUUUCGCGGAAUCCGUCGACAAUUACGACCUCGACGACGAAGACUUCCAGACCGCGAGCCCGUGGCUCGACGUCGAGGCGCUCGAGAACAUCCGCGUCGACCUCAAGAAACAGGCGGCGCGCGUCACCGACGACAGGUGCGACGGGAUCCUUCGGCGAUGGAACACCGCCAAGGACACCCUCGUCGAGCUCGCCAAGUACUGCGGGGAGGUUCUCGAGGCGAUGGGGCCGUCGUUUUUAGAGCGCGUCGCCGCGGACUUUCGAUCGGGUCGGUACGCCCCGCCCUCCCAUGACGGCGUGUUGAUCCCCGAGGACGCCAUCCCCGAGGACGCACGGGCUAAGCGCAGGGAGCGGGAGCUGCUGGAGGCUGGACGCGUCCUUCGCGAGGCGUUCGACAAGAAGCCGAAUUCGUCGUCGCCGAGCGAUUUAAAAAACAAGAGGAAAGCGCCCGCAGACGACGUCGAGGCGGCGGCGGUGCGCAGGAACGUCACCGCGUUCGAGAAGCUCAGGGCUGCGAACGCGGCGGUCGCGGACCCGUUGAAGGAGGCGCUCAGGGCCAGCGACGCGGCCGGCGCUCAGGGCCAGGGCGGGCGGCGGACGGAGGAGGCGGCUUGGAACGCGCUCGCCGCGGAAUACGAGGCGGGGACGGGAUCGGACCAACCGUCGGACGAGUCCCCGGCGGCCAAAGCGGCCAAGGCCAGAGCCGCCAACAGAGACGCGGCGGAUGACGGGAAGAAGGUGGUCAUACGCCCGCACCAUCGCGGCGCGACGGCUCGAACGGUGGAUUGGGAUUCGCGCGGCGACGGCGGCGCGGUCUCUGACGUCUCCACGCCUCCGACGACGAGGAAGGCGGGCGCGCCCGGCGUGAUCGGGGCGAGGACCACGCGGGUGGGGACGUCGGGGAGGAAGGCGUACACGAGGUGGACCACGGCGCAGGAGGAGGAGCUGCGAAGGCUGGUGGGCGUGCACGGGGUUGGGAGCUGGGCGACGAUCUUGGAGGCGGGGCGGGACAUGUUCGGCGCGGAUCGCACGUCGGUGAACCUCAAGGACAAGUGGAGGGUGCUCACGAAAGCGCGGUGA